AAGUCUUCUAGAUCCAUCCAAUCCGAUAAUCCAACUAAAACGAGUCGACAUUGAAUAUCAGCCGCGUCCCGACCAGACACGCGAUCGCACCCACCAAUCCCGGAUUACCCCAGCGCACGCAAUCCCGGCGCAGCGACUGCCUUCCCCGGCGCCCCCGAGCUCAAGAUGAGCCAGAGCCAAUCCGCCUUCUAACCAACAUGGCGAUAGCUCCAGCUCUCCUGUGCCCUCGGCUCCUGUCGUGGUCCUUGGCCUCCCUUCGCCGCGCCUACUCGACGACGCCCACGGCGAAUGCGACAAAUCAAAAUACGAACAACCCUCGGCGCGACUCCAAGGGCCAGAAUGGUCCCAGGCCUUCACAAAACCAGGCGCGGGACAGGCCACCGAACAACAAAAAGCCACGGGAUACCUCUGCGGCCCUCCCGAUGGCAAGGAAACCAUUCGAGAGGAACCGAAAGUCCGACAACAUGAUCAAGGGGCAGAGCCAGGCUAGCAAAAUGUGGGUGCCGUCGGGGGCCAAGAGGUUUAUACGGAACGGCAGGCUGCAGACGACACCCGAUGUGUGGGAGUUCCUCCAAAGCACCGGCAUCGAGAUCGACAACUCCAAGGCCAACUUUUUAUCCCUGGCGCCCGAAAACCGGCACAUUACGGAUACCUUUUCUUGCAAGCUCAUGUUUAGCAAGUAUCACAUCAUCCAUCCUCACCACCUCAUUUAUCUACAGCCGCGGGGGCACCCGUUUAUCGAGGGCAUCAAAUCAAAGUACCGAGAAAAGAAGGAAAAUCAGCCACUAUGGCUGUACUUUAUCCCCCGCAACAAGGACACGGGCUUGGUGCGUUCCCUGGGGCACCGGCGGUUGGCGAGGGAGUUUUGGACUGCGCUGGAGGAGUUACAGGACCCCAAUAUGAAGGUUACAGGCACUGUUUUGGUGACCACGUACGAUGGUAAAAAGGCGGCGUCGUCUCCUGCGGUGCAGUUUGGAAAGGCUCUUGCCGAUGCAGUGGUGAGGCAGUAUAGGAGGAGCGUCGAUGGCGAGCGUCGAGGCGGUAGAGCAGAAGGAACCAGAGAGGGGACCAGGCCACAAGGCCAGUGAUGAACAAGCGGGCAGAAGAAACCUAUGAUAUGAUGUCGUGUAUAUUAGUUGAUACCUACCUCCUCAAUGUAUUGUCCAUUGCCGAGCUCUGAUGGUGUGUUCUGGUUGUCACUUGGUAUCUGUUUCAAGUAGUGUUGGACAUGG